AUGCGACCGCACCCACUUCUCCGAAGGCCGUGCUCAUUCGCUAUCGAGGCCAAGAGCACCAACUACUGCAGCCGGCGUCCUGCAGCUCUGCUGGACUGCCAUUCGCGGCGGUGUCCUUCGCCAGGUGCCACUUCACGGUCCCAAGCGGCCGAGCUGGCUGCGUUCGCUGCACCUGACGCACACACGUCCGUUCGAGCAGCGUCUGCUUCCCCCUUCAACCUAGCGCGCCCAGCGUCGACCAGAAGCUCAUUACGAAGGGUGUACUGUAUGUUCUCGCGUUGA